AUGUCGAUGCACGCAAAGACAGAUUCCGAGGUUACCAGCUUGACGGCGUCGUCACCGCGGCAGCCGGCGUACUAUGUACAGAGUCCAUCGCGUGACUCGCACGACGGCGAAAAGACUACCAACUCAUUUCACUCGACGCCGGUGCUCAGCCCCAGCGGGUCACCUGGCCGUCAAUCCCGGAACUCAUCUUCCACCAGAUAUUCCGGGUCGUUACGACCCGGAUCAAGGAAAGGCAGCCAACAUCAACAUCACCGGAAAGGGGAGAAGGGGUUCGAUGCAAUUGAGGAAGAAGGGUUCAACGAUGAAAAUGGUCGGAUGGGGAUUCCUCGCCGGUGUUAUUUUCCGGCCUUCGUCGUUGGCUUCUUUGUUCUUUUCACUUUCUUCGCUCUCGUGUUGUGGGGCGCUGCUAGACCUCAAAAGCCCGUCAUCACCAUGAGGAGUAUUUCAUUUGAUAAAUUUGUAGUAAAUGCUGGAGCAGAUGCAUCUGGAGUUGCCACAGAGAUGGUAACAUUGAAUGCCACUGUGAAAUUCAAUUUUCGCAAUCGAGGAACUUUCUUUGGGGUUCAUGUAUCAUCCACACCUCUUGAUCUCGCCUACACCGAGCUCACCCUAGCCACGGGAACUCUGAUGAAAUUCUAUCAAUCAAGAAAUGGUCACAGAAUUGUAAGUGUAAAUUUGCAAGGGCGUGGUGUGCCAUUGUACGGAGGAGGUGUGAAUUGGAGUAGCGAGAAUGGGAAACUGACAGCACCGGUGCCACUGAACCUAAAUUUCACGGUUAAAGCCAAGGCUUACGUGUUAGGGAAAUUGGUGAAGCCAAAGUUCUACAAAAAGGUGUCUUGUGCAAUUGUUUACAAACUCAUCAAUAAGCCCAUUUCUCUCAAGAACUCUUGCACCGUCGAGUAAUCUGCACCCAUUCAGUCAGAUGGGUAUUUUUAGCUGAUUCAGAUAAAACCACAAUCAGUUUCAAUUUUGUCCUAGGAAAAAGACAAAAAAGGACGAAGGGCAAAAGAGGAGAUAGCAGCAGUUGGUGACUAGAUUGGUCGCUGACCUCUAGGAGGUAUCAUAUUCUAGAACGGUGUAAAAUAUUAUAAUUUUGUUG